UGUCCUUUUAAUGAAUUGCAUGCAUCUACUCACGAUUCCCAAUGGCUAGUUAAUGUGCUACAGCACAUACUUGUACAUUGGCGUGCAAUUCAUUGAGUGCUGGACACAUUAGCUGCACGAGCUACUCACGUUAGCUUAAUCUGAAGCCUCUCCGUUUCAUUCGUGCAUUUAUUACAUGCGCCAAGGACAAACUCGACAGAAUCGAAUAAGACACAGAUCUGCUUCUCUGUUGCCUGCAUUGGUUGUGUUUGCAUACCACUGGAGCAGCAUGUUUUUCUAUCUUUCUGUCUUUCUCUCUGUCUUGCUCUCUUUUUUUGUGAUUGGUGCUUGAGGUCUGAGGUCAGAGGUCAUGGCCGGGGAUUGUGGCAUGUUUGUGGACUGGUCUCAGAUGGGCGAUGUUUCUCGUGACACGGCUCCUGGGAAGACUGAUUAUAAGGAGUUAAAAGAGCUGAAACAACAUGCUCGCUCAGGCCAGUGGGCGAAAAAUCACACCCAGCGCGCUACCGUUUACCAGCAUCUGCUCAAAGCGCUCCCGUGUCGAACCGUCACUCCGGACGCUGAGGUCUACCGGGACAUCGUUGGGAAUUCCACCAACAAGCGUAACCCAUCCGCCUACCCUUUACCUGAAUUUGUGGAUGCGACAGAGGUACCGCGGUAUUGUCUCAAAGCGGAAUCCAUUGGCUCAGUGCACGUUGUCAUUUCCUGCUUGGCAGGGCAGUUCCCGGAUAUCUCAUACUGCCCGUCGUUGCCUGCGGUGACGGCAUUGUUGCUGCAUUGGAGCGCGGAUGAAGCACAGUGCUUUGAGAGCGUCAGUCGCAUGUUGGCCUGCAACGAACCGGGUCGCCGUUUAUUAGAUCAGACUUUUCUCGCAUAUCAAUCAACCUGCAUGACUUUCGGCGACCUCGCGCAUAAAUAUUGCCCUGCUGCGCAUAAGCUCAUCGUUGCCACGGCAACAGAUGUACUGGAGGUGUACACUGAUUGGCAGCGAUGGGUUCUCGGUGACCUGCCGUUUGAUUAUGCUGCGCGCGUGCUGGACGUCUUCUUGGUGGAGGGCUACAAAGUCCUUUAUCGUGUCGCGCUGGCGAUUCUGAAGUUCUACCGCAAGCAGAGCGCGGCCUCUGGAACAGCCCUAACCAAAAAGGACUCUGCAGGGGUCAGAGGUGAUAUCCAGGCAUUUGUGAAGAACAUUGAGAAAUGUGUGACGCCGGACAAACUGCUAGAGAAAGCCUUCUCCAUUCGCUUAUUCAGCCGCAAGGAAAUCAUGCUGCUACAGCUGGCCAAUGAGAAAUCACUUCAGCAGAAAGGCAUCACCGUCAAACAGAAGAGACAAAAUGUGCAGUUAGCGGUGAACGCGGAUAAUUUCAGCUCUGAGAUCGUCAGCGCUAAAGAGAUCAGAGAUAUCUGGUCGUGGAUUCCUGAACGCUUCGCUCUGUGUCAACCACAGCUGCUCUUUACAACAUCAACACACGGCUGCAGCCUGAACAGGUUUUAUGCACAUUGUGAGGGAUAUGAACCAACACUGAUGCUCAUCAGAACUACUGCUGGAGAGGUGUGCGGGGCCUUCCUGUCCACUGAUUGGGAGGAGCGGAAGAGAGGCGGGAACAAGCUCAGCUUCUUUGGCACAGGAGAGUGUUUCGUCUUCAGAAUGAAGCCUGAGAUGGAGCGUUACGAGUGGGUCAUAAUCAAACACCCGGAGCUAGCGAACGCAACCCAGCCCGCGGGCGAUGAACAGGCCUGUGCAGGCGGCAACGGCACACCACAGACCCUGGAGAAACCGGCUUUAGACCCGUCGUACCUCUCACCUUUCCUGUCUGCGCGACACUUCAACCUCAACUCACGCAACACCUCCAUGUUUAUGGCGGGAAACAUCGACUCCAUCAUUAUCGGUGGAGGUGAUGGUAACGCUCUCUACAUCGAUUCUGAGCUGAAUCACGGGCGAACUGAGCGCUGUGUGACCUUCGACAACCCGCCGCUGUGCGCCGAGAGCUUCCAGGUGGCACUGCUGGAGGUGUGGGGCUUUAAAGACGCCAUGGCAACAUAGAGCAGCUCGUCACGCUCCUAAGAAGAGAUUUGGAUGAUUAAACGGUGACUGUGGGAUUGUGUUAUGUUGUGUUAGACGUCCCUUAAUGUUGAUGGUAAAAGCGAUGAUGCUCCUUUAAUGCACUAAAAUCUGACCUGAGCUCCGGUGAGGAUGUUUAUUGCUUAUAUUUCAAAAUGCAAAACAGAUGUAUCGUUUACGGUGAUGUAUGUAGAUACUUUUCUGCUUUUACAUUUCAGCAGAAGGCCUGAGUUGAUUAAGUUCAGUAGUAUUGAGAUGCUCUAAGGACUUCAGUGUAGAACAAAAUCAUUUUUGAAAUUGCUGUUAGUCAUUAUCAUUAUCAAUAUCAAUAUCUUAAAGAAAUGAAACAUUUCUUCAUCACAACCAAAUCCCCUCUGUUCCUGUGUGCCAAUUGGGAAAAAUCAGCUUUUCCAGGUUCUCUGCUGAAGUGGACCGGAAAACAUGAGAUCUCCAUAGACCUGCAGUUAUUUUAUGUUUAUUGAUUACAAAUUAAAAGUACAUCUGGGGCAUUUUUAAAGACAUACCAUCAUUUAUCUUUUAAAGGGAUAGUUUGCCCAAAAAUGGACAUUAUGCACUCAAAAUAAAUGACAUAUAUUUUAGCCUAUUUUUAAGAUUCACGCAUUUCAAUUUCAGAACAAAAUGCAAUAAAAUGUAUUAUAAAAUUUUAAAUAGUUUUUUUAUCUUUAUAGUUUUUUAUUUUAUUUUUACUUAAUAUUACUUUCAAAUUCAAUUUGAUCGAAUUUUGUUAUGAACUUGAAAUGCGUAAAGCUUAAAAUAUAUUUUUUUAAAUGUGUGAUAUUUACUCACCCUCAUGUCGUUGAUUUUACCCCAUGGAACACAAAAUGAAAAAUUGUAAAAAAUCGAAUCGUACAGUGACCAGAAGCAGUAAAGCUUCGAAAAGGGCAAAACACAGCACAAUAUUUUCAUACAGACAAUUUUUUUUUGAUACUUGUAUUAAGGGGUCUGGGUAUCUCAGCAAGUAUUGACGGUGACUAUCACACCUGGAUUCACAAGUUCGAAUCCAGGGCGUGCUGAGUGACUCCAGUCAGGUCUCCUAAGCAACCAAAUUGGCCUGGUUGCUAGGGAGGCUAGAGUCACAUGGGGUAAUCUCCUCGUGGUGGUGAUUAGUGGUUCUCUCAAUGGGGCGUGUGGUGAGUUGCGUGUGGAUCGUGGAGAGUAGCAUGAGCCUCCACAUGCUGUGAGUCUCCGCGGUGUCAUGCACAACGAGUCACGUGAUCAGAUGCGCGGAUUGACGGUCUCAGAAGCGGAGGCAACUGAGACUCGUCCUCCACCACCCGGAUUGAGGUGAGUAACCGCACCACCACGAGGACCUACUAAGUAGUGGGAAUUGUGCAUUCCAAAUUGGGAGAAAAUGGGAUAAAAUAAAUAAAUAAAAGAUACUUGUAUUGCAUUUUGCAUCUUUUUUGUAGUGUUGCAGCUCCUGGUCACUGUAUGAUUUUUUUUUUUGCCAUUGAAAAGAGCAUUGCUAACAUUCUCCAAAAUGUCUUCUUUUGUGCUGCAUGGAAAAAAGAAUAAAAUCUUGGGUUUGGAACGACAUGGAGAAGAGUGAAUAAUGACAUAAAUUUCAUUUUAUGUGAAAUAACACUUAAAGAGCACCUAUUAUGGUUUUUCAAAUAUUACCUUUCAUGUAGUGUGUUAUAUCGCUGUUUGUGAAUGUUAAAAAUCAAAGUGCACCACAAAUGGAGUUAUUGACUCCCAAAUGAAAGAACCCUGAAACGAGUCGUUAGUAAAUCCAGACUUCAUGUACUUACGUACGUAAUUUGGUAACAAAACACCCGCCUCUGGUCUUCAUUGGCUGCUCGUGAACAGCUUUGACCCGCCCUCAAACACUACACUAAGCGGUAGACCAAUCACAACAGACUGGGUCAUCUGACCAAUCAGAGCAGAGUCGGCUCUCUGAAAGGAGGAGCUUAGAAUGGAUCAUUGAACGAGUCGUUUUUGACACUGGGAAUAAAAGGUGAUACUGCAAUUUAAAUUAAGAGCACAUGAAAGUGUUUUUUGACCUUGGAUGCAUGUAAAUAUAUUGUAUGAGACCUUUAAAACUAAAUUAGCCACGUUUAAAAACCAUAAUAGGUGCUCUAAGUAAAUUUAGCAUCUUAACUUGAAUACAUUACAUAUAAUUUAAUAACAGAAUGUAAUGUAUCAUAUCACGAACCAUUCAAAACAGCAAGUGAAGUAUCUUCAUUAGCUAAACCCAAACAUUAGAUACAUGCAGGUUUCAUUUUAAUGUCUUUUCUUGAGGUGUAUGUACAAAGGCAUAAUCAGCAGUAUUUUAUGAAACUUUAAUUUGCACUUACUCAACAUUAUUAAGCUUCUAAGUUGAUUCAUGAUUGUAAAUAAUCUAUGAAUGAUCAUUAUCAGUAAUAUAUAGUUUGAUAUCAGUUUCUGGAUAUUAUAAGCUCUACGCUCCCCCUAAAGCAUAUCUCUGAAUGAAUGAUCAAACUUUUGUGUAUCUUGUGUUUCAUAUCAAGCUGUGUGUGUGUGUUUAUAUGUGUCUCGUUUAGGACAAGCGGCCCGUCCAAGUGUGUGUAACAAAAGGUGUGUGUUUAUCUGUGAUGUAAGGUUGCAAGAAUGAAGCUUAAGUCUUAAAUAUGGACAACAAAAAACAUUGUGGGUAACAAACCUGAGCUAUAGUGUCAAAUAUUAAGGCAUAUCUGUCUCUCAGUUUCAUAUUUUAUGAGUUUAUCUGCUCGUAGAAGUUGGUCAGGAUUGUUUCUCCUACGCAGGGUGCGUUGGCUUUGAGUAAUGGCGUCUCCACAGAAAUGCUUAUAUGUUUCAGUUGCACAUGCAUAAGAACUGAGAGUCUUAACCGCAGAGUCUUCAUUAAAUAUUUUGUUUAUUUUUUUUUAAGAAAGAUAAUAUCAAGGGCCAUUGAAAUGUUAUUUAUGAGCCCAAUACUUUUCAAGGAAUGUUUAAAAUGACUUAGUUUGAUUUUUUUCCAGUAAUGACAUCAUUAGGGUUUACCGUGUAGGGAGUCGUGGAAAGCAUAAUUG